UGAGCUGCACGGAGGGACCCGCCCCCAGGCGGACGCGGCCAAUGGGCUGCACCCGCAAGGCCGCAGGCUCCGGGAAGAUGGCUGCUGCCGUGCUGCUGGCAGUGGGUUUGCGCACCGCGCGCAGAGCCCUGGCGGCCGCGGGGCCCCGGGGGGCGCAGGUUCGGGGAAAUGCAGGUGUGACUGAUGGGGGUGAAGUGGCCAAGGCCCAGAAAGCAGCUCCUGGAGGAGCAGCGCCAACCAUCUUCUCCCGGAUUUUGGACCGAAGCCUCCCAGCUGACAUUCUAUAUGAAGAUCAGCAGUGUCUGGUGUUCCGUGACGUGGCUCCUCAGGCUCCUGUGCAUUUCCUGGUCAUUCCUAAGAAGCCCAUUCCUCGAAUUAGCCAGGCUGAAGAAGAAGACCAGCAGCUUCUAGGACAUUUACUCCUUGUGGCCAAGAAGAUGGCAAAGGCAGAGGGUCUGAAAGAUGGAUAUCGACUUGUGGUCAACGAUGGGAAGAUGGGCGCGCAGUCCGUGUAUCACCUGCACAUUCACGUCCUCGGAGGCCGACAGCUGCAGUGGCCGCCUGGCUGAACCUGCCAGCUGACCCAGGACCACAGACCUGGAUGCUUGGGUGGAGAAAAGGGAAAGAAAUCCUGUGACAUUAAUAAACCAUUCUCCCUUGA